CGUUCCCCGCCCCGCGCCCUCACUUUGGUUCACUCUGCGUCUCUCAACUCACCGUCUCUCACUCCCACUCUCAUCACUCUCUCUCCCAUUCUCAUCACUCUCUCGCUCUCUCCACACGGCGCACCGCUCCCCAGAACCCUCGCUCCAGCAUCGGCCCCGGGUCGAUCUCCAUCCUGCCUCGAGAUGCUCAGAGUCAGAUGCCUCCGUGGAGGUAGCAGAGGUGCCGAGGCAGCGCAUUGCAUAGGAACCAUGGCGCGCAGGGCGCUGGCCGGCUGGGUGCCGCGAGCCCUGCAGAGCACCCAGGUGGCGCCGUCUCCCACGCUGGCGACGCAGGGGCCCCCGGACGCGCCCAGCUCCGUGCCCGCCGACUGCCCCGUCUCCUCGUUCAACGAGUGGGACCCUCUCGAGGAGGUGAUCGUGGGGCGCGCCGAGAACGCCUGCGUGCCGCCCUUCACCGUCGAAGUGAAGGCGAACACCUAUGAGAAGUACUGGCAGUUUUACCAGAAGCAGGGGGGGCUGCCGUUCCCCGAGGCCCACGUGAAGAAGGCGGUGGCCGAGGUGGAGGAGCUGUGCACCGUGCUGCGUGGGGAGGGGGUCACCGUGCAGAGGCCGGAGCCCCUCGACUGGGCCCUCAAUUACACCACCCCCGACUUCAACUCCACGGGGAUGUACGCUGCCAUGCCCCGCGACAUCCUGCUGGUGGUCGGGAACGAGAUCAUCGAGGCCCCCAUGGCGUGGAGGGCGCGGUUCUUCGAGUACCGCGCGUACCGCCCGCUCAUCAAGGAGUACUUCAAGCGCGGAGCCAAGUGGACCACGGCACCCAAGCCACAGAUGGCCAACGAGCUCUACGACCAGGACUACCCGAUCCGCACGGUGGAGGACCGCCACAAGUUGGCGGCGCAGGGGAAGUUCGUCACCACGGAGUUCGAGCCUUGCUUCGACGCUGCCGACUUCAUCCGCGCCGGCCGCGACAUCUUUGUGCAGCGCAGCCAGGUCACCAACUACUUUGGGAUCGAGUGGAUGCGGCGGCACCUGGCGCCCACGUACCGCGUGCACACCAUCUCCUUCAAGGAUCCCAACCCCAUGCACAUCGACGCCACCUUCAACAUCAUCGGCCCGGGCCUUGUGCUCUCCAACCCGGACCGGCCCUGCCUGCAGAUCGACACGUUCAAGAGAGCCGGGUGGACGGUGGUGACUCCACCAACUCCGCUCAUCCCUGACGACCACCCGCUGUGGAUGUCCUCCAAGUGGCUGUCCAUGAACGUGCUGAUGCUGGACGAGAAACGCGUCCUGGUGGAGGCGGCUGAGACCUCCAUCCAGAAGAUGUUCAUGAACCUCGGCAUCACUCCAGUGAAGGUGAACAUUCGUCAUGCCAACUCGCUGGGUGGUGGCUUCCACUGCUGGACGAGUGACGUUCGCCGCCGUGGAACCCUGCAGUCCUACCUGGACUAGCGCCCCACGCACUCCUCGCACACACACCUGUGUCGCGUACCUGCCAAUACCAUUAACAUAUAACUCACCUGCAGACACACCUGACAAACACACUCACCUGUGUCUGGCCCAUAACCAUAUAACUCCCACAGAACACCUGUCGCACUCACCUGUGUCAGGCCCGUGACCGUAUAAAUCCCGCAGAACACACCUGUCACGUACAACUUGUA